CGAACCGGUUUAACUUUCUUAAUAUGGGAAUCAAGCAUGAAAUUGCACAACUUGGCAGCAAAAUAUUCAACAACUGCAUUAGAACUAACCGGCAAGCUUUUGUUUCUGAAUAAAUUAAUCUGUUCAGUCGUAAGAACAAUGGCAUCAUAUGGAGGAGGCGACACACCAAUUGUUAUUGAUGGAAGCGAGCUUGAAGGGGGAGGACAAAUUCUCAGAAAUGCUGUGGCACUCUGUUGUCUGCAGCAGGACAGUGUCAAGGUGGUCAAAAUACGUGCUGGGAGGAGUCAACCAGGGCUGAGGUCACAGCAUCUUACGGGUAUUCAGCUGAUCUGUGACAUAUGUGGUGGCAAACUCACAGGAGGGAAAGUGGGCUCAACAGAAAUAGUCUUUCAACCGAGCAAGGUCCGAGCUGGUAACUACCUCGCUGACACGCAUACAGCAGGGAGUAUAUGUCUGUUAAUGCAAGCAGCAUUGCCGUGUUUCCUCAUGGGUAACGGGCCUGGUACCAUGGCACUGAGAGGUGGUACUAACGCUGAUAUGGCCCCACCGGUAGACUACACAGUUAUGGUAUUUAAACCUAUUGCAGAAAAGUUUGGCGUAAAGUUUGACUGUGAAAUUGCAAGAAGGGGAUAUUACCCAAAGGGAGGUGGAGAGGUGUUUGUUACUGUGUACCCGGUCAAGCAGUUGUCCCCCGUGGUCAUGUUGGAGCCCGGAAAUGUCACACGCAUAUACGGGAGAGCUUUUGUGGCAGGGAUACUGCCUAUCAGGAUCUGCCAUGAGAUGGUACAGAGCUGUGAGAGGGCAGUAAGACAGGACUACCGGGAUGUGCCAGUCAAGAUAGACGUAGUCAAGGAGCAGAACUGUGUGGGCAACGCUUGUGGUAUCAUCGUGUGUGCAGAAACUGACAAAGGCUGUAUAUUUGGUGCGUCCAUGUUGGGUAAAAAAGGUGUCCCAGCCCAUGUGGUGGGAAAGGAGGUGGGGGAAAUGUUGCUUAACCAGCUCUGUCAUGGUGGGUGUGUUGACGACUACCUUCAGGAUCAGCUGAUCAUACUAAUGGCCCUGGCCAAUGGGAAGUCUUCCAUACGCUGUGGUCCGGUCACCCUGCACACUGAGACUGCUAUACAUGUGGCUACACAGCUCACACAGGCCAAGUUCACUGUCAACAAGAUCUCGGCUGGCCAGACUGUGAUAGAAUGCGAGGGAAUCGGACUGCAGAAUAAGAACAAUAUAUAGAAAUCCAUCAAUUACCUUCAACUAAGUGAUGUUGCCGUAAUAAAAACACAAAUUUGUAUUUUCUGACGUUUAACAUUGCAGGCGUAAUGUUUCUUGUUUAAGCCCCCCUUUGUAAAAAGCUGCUUAUAACAGUUGCACCCUUUGUCUUGGUGGGUCUUUACCUCUGCGCAAAACUUCCUGUCUCAGCUAUAACUUUGCCAUUUAUUGAUGGUUUUUAAAAUUACUUUUCACAAAUGUCAUUUAUCAUAAGACAGCAUGUCGUUUGUAACACCCUUCUUCAAAGGUGAAGGUCACACUUAGAGGUCAAAGGUAAACUUCAGCCAUGACACAGAAAAUUCCUGUCUCAGCCAUAACUUUGCAAUACUUUUAUGGAUUUUACCACAAAUAAUCACCAUCAGGAGAUUACUUUUGUCUGCUUACCUCAAAGGUCGAGGUUUUACUUAUAAGUAUUAGGUUAAAAUUUGCAGUGAAGUUGCUUUAAAAUUCUUCUUUUCACCCAAACUUUUGCCUUAUAUUGGUCGAUUUUAGAACAAAUUGGCACAAAUGUAAACCCUAGUACCGGUUACUGGAUCUGUUGCGUGUAAAAUCGGUUUCCCUACCUCAGAGGUCAAGGUCACACUUAGAGGUCAAAAGUCCAAUUGAACCAUACAACAGCAUGGUUUUGACAUUGUGGAGUUUUGAGAAAAAAGUGUAAUGUGGGGGAAUCCAUGCUCUAUGAACACACAUUUUGUUUUUACUAGUAACAGAAGGAAUUUUUAAAUAUUUAGUUUAAAAUAAAUAUGUAUUUCGUAUAUUACUGGUAUUUCCUGAUUGACUUUUUGUUUAUAGAAUGCAACAAUAAUUUAUGUUUUCUUUUGCUCAAGGUUGUCUGUAUGCCAGAUAUCUAAUAUAAAUAAUAAUUAACCCAUCACUGACCGAAUUGUUUGACGGUGUAUAAAGUGCAAUUAAAUGAAGUUGUUAAGUGUUCUUGGAAAUGUUACCAUUGUCACUUGUUGAGAGAGUUGUUUCCGAUUGGGCUAUUUAAGAGAAAGUGCAAUACAGCAAUGCAAUGUACCCUUUUUUUCAAUUGUUAUGUUGUAUUUUGAGACAAAUAAACAGACAAUAGUA